UAAAAAAAUAAUGAGCUUCAUCAUUAAAAAGUGAAGUUACUGUGAAUACGUAUCUAUUUUUAAAUGAGCGUGAAAUAAACAAAUUAAUAACCCGAACGAUUCGAUCGAAAUUUUUUAUGUUCGAAUUGUGUGAAGCGGCGUUUUUAUAAAAAAAUGAAAUCAGAAGAAAAUAUUCGGAUACAAAGCAUUUCUGAUGAAAGAAUGAAACCAACUCGAUGUUGUUUAUGCAUGGAUGUGAGAUUGGCAACAGUUCUUAUUGGAUUGUUUUGUAUGGCAGUAAAUGCUGCAGGAUUUAUUGCAUCAACUACUGUAAUGCUAAAAAAUAAGGAAAAGUUAGGUGAAUGGAAGUACUUUUCAAAUGUCAAACAGGCAUCUACAAGUCAUGCAGUUGAUCAACUCAUUGGGUUAAGUGUGACCAGUAUUUGCUUUGUUAUAAUUAUUGCAUUGGUUUAUGGCGCCAUUAAGCGAAAAUCAAACUAUAUUCUACCUUUUUUUUGUUUGCAAGUUUUUGAUGCUACUGUCACUCUCAUGGUUGCUGCAACAAUGAUUAGUUAUGCUCCACAAGUGAAAUACUUUAUUGAAAAUCAUCCUGAAGUUUAUAUGAGUGCUGAUUGCAUUUCACACAUGAGUGUCGAGAAGUUCCGCUAUUUUUUGGUUCUUUUUUGGCUCGUCAUGUUAACUGCUAAGUAUUUUAUGAUGACUGUUGUAUGGUCUUGUUACAAAUAUUGUAAGAGCUUUGAAGAAAGGCAAUCUUUAGUGCAGCUGCCACAGAUGCUUUACCAUGGAAAUAUGGAUACUGUGACUAAUCUCCCAUCCUAUGAAGACGUGGUUAAGAUUGCUCCUCCACCUGCAUAUUCAAGUUAAACUGCCUAAACGUCCACAUUCAUAGAAAUAUGGAAGUUUUUUCAAUUUUGAAACA